GCCGUGUGCGCCAUAAUAACAGAUCGUCUUCCCUAUGCGAUUUCGAGUGUUGUCAGGAGACUGUUCCUGUUGGAUUCUAAAAUCUCAAAACCCUAAUUUGCAGAGAGAGAGAGAGAGAGAGAGAGAGAUGAGCACGCUGAAGUUGGAUUCGAUUUCUCCUACUGAAACCGUGGAGAUAGAGAAUGGUCUGUCACUGGUGCCGCGGCUCCGGCUGAAUAUAACGGUGUAUCCGUCGAGCCAAGUUGUGAGCAAACCGAUUGACGAGUGGAAGAUGAAGCAAACCCUAAUUGACUUCCUCAAGAACUCGCUUUCCGAUCCGGUCACAGUUCCGGAGGAGGAUCUCAAGAUCAGACGGGUGAGGGACCUGAAGAAGCGGAAGCGGGACGACCCUGUAGCUUCCGGUACCAUCUUCAUUCGCGACCUAGGGUUUCUGAGGAAGACGAGUAGGAAGGGUGAGGAGGUGGAGAAGAAGUUCAGUGAUUGGAGGAGGUACAUUGUGGAGAAGAUGGAUGGGAUUGAGCUCAAUCUCGAAGGGGUUAAGUUCAAGCUAAACGUCGCCGUUCCGGAGUCGGAUGAUUUCCAGGGGAUGAAGAAAGGUUGGGAGGAGUUUUACGCUUUCGGAAAUCGAGGGUUUUCGAGGGGUGGGAAGCAAGAGACUGAUACUAUAAUACUGAGGGGUGUUCCUUCACGCUGGUUCGCAGAGCCACGGGUUUCGUCUAAGCCUUCAAUGCUGGUUACACAUACCAUCUUUUCGACAUUUGGGAAGAUAAGGAAUCUUAAUGUUGCUGAGGACGAUGAUCCAGGUAAGGAUGCGAAUGAGGAUGAUGGGGACUUGGUUUCAGGUCUCCAUUGUAAGAUUGUGGUUCAGUUCGAGAAACACAAGGACUUCUGCAACACUUUCAAGGCGUUUUGUGGCCGCUCAUUGCAAAAGGAAGGAUCUAAGUUGAAGGCUGAUUAUGAGGUUGCUUGGGACAAGGAUGGAUUUUUCCGAAACUCGAGAAAUCAAACACAGGAAGACAGUAGCAGGGCACGAGAAACCACAACAUAUCCCAGGCAGCAGCAACACUAUUCUCGGUUCAGUUCCGAUGAAGCUCCCAGAAAGAGGUUUAAGGAAUAGAAAAUGCAGAGUCUGAGAAUUUCUUCUGGACUUCUGGAGCUAGGAGCUUGAAGUAUGGUAAUCUGUUACAAGCCAUUGUAUAACAGCAAAGAGCCAAAUACUAGUACUCAUGCUAGAACAAAUAUGAAAGAUUAGCCUUUCCCAAAUGCAAUGAAUACUGUUAAGCCCCAAAUUUGUACCAACAAAUCAUAGAUAUUUUUUGUUAUUGGGAUUCAGUGAUUAAACAUCAACAGUUAUAAUAUGCUUCUUCAUCUAAUUUCUCUCC